AUGUCGACCGAGGAUGAGAAAAACCCUUACGAACUACUCAAUCUGGGGAUCGAAGCGUCGGACCAGGAGAUAAAGACAGCAUACAGAAAGCUGUCUUUGAAAGUUCAUCCAGACCGAAAUCCGAACAAUCCUGACGCAGCACAGAAAUUCCAUGAACUCAACCAAGCAUAUGAGCUCCUGCUGGACCCUUUGCGACGACUCGCGUUGACCUCAUCCGUGCGGGCAAAGGAAGCACGUAAAGCUCGAUUUUCGAAGUACGAUAAGAAGAGAAGAGACUUACAAGAUGAACUUGAGGAACGCGAACGCGCAUUCAAGAAGCAAAAGAUGGACAAGGCGAGCGAUGAACGGGCACGAGCGCAGGAAAAUGAGCGAAUUAUGGAACAAGGGAGAAAGAUGCGUGAAGAGAGGAUCGAAGCUGUGAGGAAGCAAGCGGAUGAGGAUGCCAAGACUGCCACUGUUGGCACUUCGGAAGAUGAGGAUGAAGUACCGCCUUUAGGGAACCUGGACACGACCGUCAAAGUCAAAUACUCGCUAUCAUCGCAUCCAUCCCUCACUUCUGCCGAUUCUCUAGCAGCUCUACUCGAGCAAUUUGGGUCCAUCGACUCCGAAUCUACUGUCCUUUCACUCAAGCCUCCGAAGAAAGCACCUACGAAGCCACCAAAGUCCGGUGUGGCAUUAGUACCAUUUCGCCAGAUUGGUGACGCUUUUGCAUCUGUGUGCGCUAGAGGGAGAUCGGAUCGCGGAUUGGAUGGAAUAGAAAUCAGUUGGGCCGAAGGCAGGGAGCCUCCUAUCUUGGGUUGGUUGAAGAAGCAAGGGAAACUAGACACGCGCAAGGCACAGUCGGAGCCUGAGAAAGGAGCGAAGGGUAAUACAUCGCCGCAAAAUAGACGAUCGGCGUCCUUGUUUGCAAAAACGUCAACUUCACCUGGAGCGUCGACUUUCUCUUCGUUCCCUGAAUCAUUCCCUUCGUCAGAGGCGAAAUCCGUUCCACCUACGACCGGUUUAGACUACGAAUCGUUAACGCUUAUGCGGCUCCGGCAAGCCGAGAGAGAACGGCUGGAACGCGAGAUUAGAGAGCAGGAAGCGAUAGAAGGUACAUGA